AUGAAUGCGUCUUGUGCGUUACAACAUUUUUGCGAUACACAUGGUCCGCAAAUAUUAUUAUGUACAGAAGGAAGACCAUAUACACACGAUAGAAAUGAUAAUGAUAAUGAAAUAUUAAAAACAAUCUAUUCUCAAUAUAUUAAAUCAGACAAUUCACAAGGAAAAGUCGCAUGCAAAUCAUGUACAGUAUCACCUGAUGGUAUUCUUGUUACCACAGUAGAUUUGUUAAAUCAUAUGCAAUAUAUUACAUCACCAUCAACACCUAAUCAAGAAUUAUUUAAAAAUAUUCGUAAUGCAUGUGUAAGAAGUUUAAAUGUUGAAAAAUCGAUGGAAAAUGAUCAUCCGGUUUUAUUUGGUGAUGAUGAAAAUGGUUAUUGUUUAUCAUUAAGUUUUCCUUGUAAAGAUUUCUAUGCACGUGGUAGUCAACGUUUAUAUUCAUUAUGUUUUUUAUGUCGAGACAAAUAUUAUCUUCUAUCUCUUAUGAAUCGUAUUAAUAACUGUAUGAAGCAAGCUAUAUAUUGGUUACAAUAUGAUGCAAAUCAAACUUAUGAAAAUGAAGGACAUAUUAAAGUAAAUACAACAUUUAAUGAAACAACAAAAGUAAUUUCUGUAUGUCGUCCACCACCACGUAUGCCAACAUUACGUAUGAUUAGUGAUAUUGUACAAGAUUCUAAUUUAAUCUAUCGUGUUCAUGCUUUAUUUGUUUGGAUUCUUCGUACGGCAAAUUCAGCAAUUAAUGAAUUACAUUUUGAUGGUUUAGCAACAGAAGAUUUAACUACGAAAUUCGAACGACAAAAUGCAUUUGAAAAUGAUCAUAUAGUAAAACAACGAACUGGAACUUUGGUUGAUUCAAAUAAUUUAACAACUAAUGAAAUUAUUGAUUAUGAUGAAGAUGAUUUUGAUUCAUUAGAAUAUCAUUUUUCUUCAUAUGGUUUUGAAGCAUUAAAAUUAUUUAAAAUGUUUAUUCAGAAAUUAAAUAAUAUCAAUUAUUUAGAAUAUAUACUUUAUAAUUGGAUUAUUGGUAAUCAAUUAAUUAUUAAAUAUACAAAUAAAACUAAUAAUAAAGAUUAUAUUCGAGCUUUUGCAAGUGUUUUUCGUUUAUUUUUACCUGAUAAUUGUUGUCAUUUAAUAGAAACAACAGAUCAUAUAGCAUCAUGUACAGCGAAUCUUAUUUUAUUUGAUAUGAAUUCAAUAGAAACAACAAAUGAAAUAGAUGAAAAUCUUGAUAAUAAUUCAAUUAUUAUUAAAAUUACAUUUGAUGAUACUGGUGAACAAAUUCAAGAAGCUGAAUUAGAAACAUUACCAUUGUUACAAUCAAAUACUUAUAUACCAACUUAUGUUAAAACAAUUAUUGAAAUAUUAAUUGAUUAUACUAUAGAUAAUGAAGCGUUGGAAGCUAUGAUUACACAACAGAAAAUCAAAUAUUUAAAUAAAGCAAAGCUUUAUUUUCAACUUGGUCGUUGUCAAAUAGCAUCUACAUUGUCAAUGGAUGAACGUAAACAAAUGGAGAUACUAAAUAUUCGUGAUCCAAAUGAUUUAUUAAUCAUUCGAUUUUGGCAAAGAGGAAUUUCACAAUCCUAUAAAACUCAAAUUCGUUUACUUAAACAAGAUGAUAAUCAACAACAAAAAGUUCAGAAAAAUUAA